AUGAGCUUUGUCAACGACUCCCUGCCGCAUUAUCCCGGCCUGGCAGAUCGCACACGACCUUUCUUCUCUCUCUCCUAUCCUGUCCCCACCCCGCAUAAUACCAAUCUCUUGCCCCAAUGGCAGCAUUACGGGAAAGGCUACCUCGAUGCGUGCUUUGUUCUCACUUGGAUCAUCUUCUUCUCUGUCACCCGGGAAGUCGCCAUGUCUUAUAUCCUCACACCAAUCGCUCGACGCGUCUUGUAUGGCACCACCCCGACCGUACCGACCCCCUCCAACGGGGUCGGGCAACGUCCAAAAUCGCACCGGAAGAGGGAAGAAAGGCAGCGAGCACGAAACAUCACGCGUUUCUCAGAACAAGGCUUUAGUUUGAUCUAUUACGUGGUAUAUUGGUCAUUUGGCAUGUAUAUCUAUGUCAACAGCCCUUGGGCUCCAUACAAACUGCACGAGCUCUGGAUAGGCUAUCCCCACACCCCGCUACCCGGUCCCGUCAAAUUCUAUUAUCUUACCCAGCUCGCCGAAUGGUGUCAUCAGCUCAUUAUCCUCAACAUUGAGGCCCGGAGAAAAGACCAUUGGCAGAUGUUUUCACACCACAUCAUAACCAUCGGGCUUAUGAUAGCUAGCUACAUGGGCAACCUCACCCGCAUUGGGACGAUGAUAUUGCUUCUCAUGGACUUUUGUGAUUGGGUAUUCCCAACUGCAAAGAUGUUGCGCUACGUGGGCUUUACCACUGGGACGGACAUUGCUUUUGUCAUAUUCCUUGCCUCCUGGUUCUUAACUCGCCACCUGCUGUUUAUUACCCUCAUUUAUUCAACAUAUCGCCACGCCCCUCAACAUAUCCCGUUACGGUGGUCACCGUCGAAUGGGCUAUACCUGAGCCACAGCUCGUGGACGAUCUUCCUUGUGCUCCUUAGCAUUUUACAAGUCCUCAUGCUGAUCUGGUUUUGGAUGAUCCUUGCGGUGGCACUGAGGGUUGUUACGGGAAGGGGGGCAGAGGACGUAAGGAGUGACGACGAGGAGGACUCCGAAGGAGGUUCAAAUGGGCAGAGUGGUGCCUCUGUGCAGACGCCUGCAGAGACGCGAAAAACCCAGUGA